GUUCUUUAUGCUACUACCUUAUCCUUCCCCCCACAAAACCCCUGCAACACGCCCACGCAAAACCCUGCUCUUCUAAUGGCAGCAAGCAAGAGCUAAGCUCACGAUGCAUAGAACCACAGGCCCCAUUCUCUUAAAUUCGGAUUCCUAAAUGUUUCUUCAUCUUCCUUCCAGGAACACCCACUUCACAUCUCCGUUUCUUUUCACUCAUGGAGCUUUCUUCUUCUUUCAUUCACGUCCCAAAACCAAGCCGCUCGUCUCCUCUCCCUGAUUUCUCGUUCUCAUCUUCUUUAUCUCAAUUUCCCCUCCAUUUCCACACCAAAACAGCAAAAUUCGUAAAACCCACUUCUCAGGAUCUCCGUAUUUUCGCCGUCGCUGUCGACCCACAAGAGCUGCCCAGUAACAGCCCGCAGAGACUGCUGAAAGAGCUAGCGCAGCGUAGAAGAGCCACUGGUCCAAAGAAGAAGGUUCCUCCGAGGAGAUUCAUACUGAAACCCCCACUAGAUGACAAGAAAUUAGCCGAGAGAUUCCUCAAUAGCCCGCAAUUGUCGCUCAAAUCGUUCCCUCUGCUGAGUUCGUGCUUGCCGUCUUCGCGACUCAACAAUGCUGAUAAAACUUGGAUUGACGAGUACUUGCUUGAAGUUAAGCAAGCUUUAGGCUACCCAUUAGAACCGUCUGAUCAAUUGGGUGAUGACAACCCAGCCAAGCAGUUUGAUACAUUGUUGUACUUGGCGUUUCAGCACCCGUCCUGCGACAGGGCGAAUGCGCGGCACGUGAAAUAUGGGCAUUCGAGGCUUUGGUUCUUGGGUCAGUACGUGCUUGAGCUGGCCCUUGCGGAGUAUUUCUUGCAGAGAUAUCCGAGAGAAUCUCCAGGGCCGAUGAGGGAGCGAGUGUUUGGGUUGAUUGGGAAGAGGAAUUUGCCCAAGUGGAUUAAAGCUGCGAGCUUGCAGAAUUUGAUAUUUCCUUAUGAUGACAUUGACAAGUUGAUUAGGAAGGAGCGUGAGCCAACUGUGAAGUCUGUGUUUUGGGCUCUGUUUGGGGCUAUAUAUUUAUGCUAUGGUAUGCCAGAAGUAUACCGUGUUCUUUUCGAGGUAUUCGGAAUGGAUCCAGAGGCUGAGGACUGUGAGCCAAGGUUGAGAAGACAGCUAGAAGAUGUAGAUUACGUAUCUGUGGAGUUUGAAGGCAAAAAAUUGAGCUGGCAAGAUGUUGCUGCGUACAGACCUCCUGAAGAUGCUCUGUUUGCACACCCAAGGCUAUUCAGGGCUUGUGUUCCUCCAGGCAUGCACCGAUUCCGAGGAAAUAUUUGGGAUUACGACAGCAAACCCCAUGUUAUGCAGACGCUGGGAUAUCCAUUGGCAAUGACCGAUAGAAUCCCGGAGAUUACAGAAGCUAGGAAUAUUGAACUGGGGCUUGGGCUACAGCUCUGCUUUUUGCAUCCGUCGAAAUAUAAGUUUGAGCAUCCUCGGUUUUGCUAUGAGCGGUUGGAAUAUGUGGGCCAAAAGAUACAGGACCUUGUAAUGGCUGAGAGGUUGCUGAUGAAGCAUCUGGAUGCUCCUGGGAGGUGGCUACAGGAGAGGCACCGGCGAAUUCUUAUGAACAAGUUUUGCGGGAGAUAUUUGAGGGAAAAACAACUCCAUCAAUUUAUCAUCUACUCCGAACAGGUUCAAGAUGCAUUUGAACAUAAUCGGAGACUGAGAAACCCUGCGACAACUGCUGUACAGCAAGCCCUUCACGGGCUCUCGUAUACUGUUUACGGGAAGCCAGAUGUGAGGCGCCUCAUGUUUGAGGUUUUUGAUUUUGAGCAAAUCCAACCUAAAGCUGUGUGAAUAUGUCUAGGAAAACGGUGAAAGCUUUGUUACUUUCUUCUUCAACCUUGGAAUUCUUUAUGGAGCAAUUUUUCAUCCUGCUUCUUCUAACAGGAAUUUACCAUUAGUGGUAUUUUAUAAGUUGUAACACAUUCUUCUUUAUUCAUAAUUUAUAUCUCUAUAAUGUUUAAACCCAGCAGACCA